AUGGCGUUAGCAAUAAGAAGAACCAGUGAUUUAUUGUGCGCCACAAAAUGGUUUUGGAGAGAUUGCCGUUUAUUAUCCACACUACCAGAAAAGGCGGAGGCUCCUCAAGAAGUAGAAGUCCGACGACCAGCCAAUCGCAGGCAAAUUCCAAAUGAAGCAGUUCUCGAAUCCAGACACAUUUACCCUGAAUUUCUUCCUGAUCCUAACCCUAAUUGGAGAAACAGCUUGCGUGAGAAGCUGGAGAGAGCUGACAUGCUGAAACGGAGGAGUCAAAUCGAUAUUCCUGAAUUUUAUGUUGGUUCAAUCCUAGCAGUCACCAUAUCUGACCCUCAUGCUCAGAGCAAGACCAACAGAUUUGUAGGAAUCUGUAUUGAACGCAAAGGAUGUGGUCUGCGCGCUGACUUCACUCUGCGGAAUGUUGUCGAUCAUCAGGGAGUGGAGGUGCGAUAUGACCUCUAUGAUCCUACUAUUCAGAAGAUCCAAGUGUUGAGACUUGAGAAGAGGCUGGAUGAAAAGCUUUUUUAUUUGAGAGAUGCUCUACCAGAAUACAGCACAUUUCCUUUCGACAUGGAUCCCGAAAUACUGCCUGAGGGUACACCAGUGCCAAUUAAUCCUGUACAGGUGAAAUUGAAGCCCAGGCCUUGGUUAGAGAGAUGGGAAAGACAAGAGCUGAAGGGUAUCUCAAACAUUGAAGAGUAUUUGAAGGAGAAAGAUAGAGUCCGUAGGGAACUGAGGAAGACUCCGUGGGAGAAAUAUGACUUGAUGAAACAGUACAGGAAAACAAUACCGAUGGAAGACCAAAGCGAGAUAUGGGCUGAAGUACACAACCAACUCCAACAACUACAACUAAGCAGAAAGAAGAUGUCCAGAAAACGAACUUUCAGCGCGCCCAAACCGCAGCUGGGUUAACUUGCAGUACAGAUAAAAUUGUUUAGAUUAAUAUUGUAGAAUUAAUAAAUUACGUAUUGCUAA